CCCUCUUUGCAUUGCCUUCCUUUUCCCUUUAAUCAAAGACCAACUUGGAAGUCUAGUCUUCCUUUCCAGCUAACAAACACUUGUACACAGACAAGAACUCAGUUGACCAAUGAUACUAGCUAAUUCAUAUAUUCACAACCUUUCUCACAGCAGAAGAGCAGAGUUUUCAGAUCCCAUUAUAUGGGCUCCUCUCUUACAAAAUAUAAACAGCAAGUUGAUCAAGAACUGAUGUUUCAUUUGCUGGGGGCGGUCUCAACUGAGCAGGUUCAUGUUUGAUCAGUUUGGUUCCUACUGAACUGAUCAAGAACUGAUGUUUCAUUUGCUGGGGGCGGUCUCAACUGAGCAGGUUCAUGUUUGAUCAGUUUGGUUCCUACUGAACUCAAGCUUAGCUUCAAACUGAAGUUCUUGUACUGGUUUGGUGAGCUUCCUGUCUUUCACUCUCUAGUUUUCUUGAGUUUUCGGCUUAAUCAUGUCAUCUGUUGAUAGCUCUAGAGAUGCAUUGACCAUUCAACAAAUUAUCGCCUCAAUUCCGGCUUUGAUUGAUCUUGUUUCCGUUGCCAAGUCAUCAAUUCCUUUGCCCCUAAAUUUAAAUACCGAUAACACAAUCACCACCACCACUCUUGAGGCUGCCGCUGUCACCACCACCACCAGCAACGUUAAUGACAACAAUAUUGGCAGUAUCGCCACCACUUCCAUAUCCACACCAGGAAACAGUAAUAAUACUGCAGCUGCCACAGCAACCGCCACCUCCCCCUCCACCUCCACCUCUGGCCCGGCUCCUUCUCUGGCCUCUACCGUUGACUCCGGCUCCGGCUCCACCAGCACCACCACAACUACUGAAGGCGGCAGCAACAGCGACGGCAACACCACAACCAGCAAUAAUGCUAAUAUCGAAGACGUGAUCAGUGAUGGGAGCUGUUGUAUGUUGGGAUUUUCCAGCAAUAAUCCAAGUGAUGAGAAUAAGAAGAAAGACAAGAACAUCACGGCCGAUGUUGGCAAUGAUGGCAGUGUGAAUUCUGAAGGUGAAAGCAACCAAAAACUGCAUAAUCAGUUGGAGAAAUUGACCAGAGAUUUAUAUUAUGUUCAAAGCGCCUGUGACAAACUCAAACAUCUAGAACUACAUGUUGGUAACCAAUUCAAGAGUCUUCAAAGACAAGGUGUAUUCCUACAGAGUGUCUUAAGGAAUUUGGAACGAGUACGAAAUGGCACCACCAGUAAUCAUGCCAUCCUAACCAAGCAAAUGCAACUUAACAUUAAGUUAAUUGCUGGGAUGGUAAUGGAGUUGAAGUAUCACAUACCGUCACCAUACAAGCUGAAUUUGGCCAAUGAAGUACUCAAGUCGCAAAAUGUUAGUGGGGGAGAUUCCCUGAAUUUGAUCGAUGAGAUUCUUAAAAUACGCGGUAACAAAGCAUUUGAAGGGUGUUCAUCUUUUGUAGAUUUUAAAGAGAGAUAUAACAGUCUCGAUUUAAGAGAUAAGCUUUGUUUGUUGUGUUUCUCGGUGUUCCCGGAGAAUUCUGUUGUCAAGAAGAGAUUGCUGAUGUAUUGGUGGGUUGGAGAGGGUUUCAUAGACCCAAAAGUUGAUGCUGACAAGCCUGAGGAAGUUGCUGAUGGCAUUUUGAAGAAAUUCUUGGAGAAAGGGUUUGUUGAGCCUGAGAUCAAGAAACGUAGACUGGUUGGGUUCAGGAUGCACUCAUUGAUUCGUUAUGCGGUUAUUUUUGUAGCUGAAAAGGUGGGGUUCUUCCAUUUUGAUUCAAUGGGGAAUCCCACGGGGAACUUUUCAACUAGUCAGAGGGCUUGUUUGAUCAAAACUGGAGAGAAAUAUUCUCGGCUGGCGUUGCUUGAUUUGGAGUCGAAACCAGAGACACUGCACGCUUUGUUCAAUGUCAACGAUCCUUAUCCAGAUUUAAACACAGAAUGGUUCUCCAGGAUGAGAAACAUUAAUGUUCUUUGCUUGGGAAGGUGGGAGAACUCAUCUAAGAAGAACAAUGAAGCAGAGGAGACCAAGCAUGAUGUUGAAGUGGAGAGCACCGAAUUCUUGAAGGGGCUGAGCCAGCAGCAUCAUGUUGAAGUGGAGAGCACCGAAUUCUUGAAGGGGUUGAGGAACAUGAAGCAUCUGAAGUUUCUCAGUCUUCAAGGAAUCUCUAGGAUCAACGAGCUUCCUGAAACCAUCCAGAAGCUUGUCAAUCUAAAGAUUUUGGAUCUUAAUUCUUGCCACAAUCUGGAGGCAAUUCCAGAGAAUAUUGUGUCACUCACGAAGCUGACACACUUGGACAUUUCUGAGUGCUACAUGCUGGAUUACAUGCCCAAGGGGCUUGGGUCACUUACUGAACUCCAAGUCCUUAAGGGGUUUGUAAUUAGUAAUCUGAAAAUAAAAAAUGCAGGAACUCUUGAUGAUUUAAGAGGAUUGCCAAAGUUGAGGAAACUGAGCAUCUAUACAACUAAGAAAGAUUUCCCUAGAGUUCAAGACCUGAAAGCGCUAAGGCAUAUCACAGCGCUUCAGAAGCUAACAAUUGAAUGGGGAGGGAAAUCCCGAGUCAAAAAAGAGGAAAUUAGAAAUGACUCGAGAGGACUGACAAGGAGCAAUGCCUUUAGACGAGAGAACAUCCCUGCAGUGAUUCCUGACCUUCCUGAACAUUUGGUGAAGCUGGAUCUUCAGUGUUACCCUGAGACUAAGGCUCCUGAGUGGCUGUUACCUCUCAGACUGAAAAAUCUUCAGAAACUCUACAUCAGAGGUGGGCAUCUCAGUGCUCUGGGUCAAGCUCAGGGUGGAAAUCACAAGUGGAAUGUCAAGAUACUGCGUCUCAAAUUUUUGAAAGAACUAAAGAUGGAUUGGAGAGUACUGCAUGAUGCAUUUCCGCAUUUGAUUUACUUGGAGAAAUUUAAAUGUCCUAAACUGACUUUCUUCCCUUGUGAUGGCACCGGAGUGUGGCUGGACAGAGAAAAGCUAGCAAACCAGCCGUUAGAAGAAUUAGAAUUGACAUGGUCUUUCCUUUCCAAAAGUUCUACUUGAGUUUAAAGUGUGUUCUACAUUUCAGGCAGGUUGUCCCAUAAAUUCUGAUAUGAGCUGUCAUGGAACUCGAUGAUCAUAGGAUUUGAUGGUCUACUUAUUUUUAAGCUUCGGAAGACCAAGUUAGCAGGGAAACUAGAGGGAUGAUUUAGUUUAGCCGCGAGGCCUCCAAUUCUCACAAACUGACCAUGCCAUUGCUAGGAGUUAGCAAGGGGAUGGAUUCGGCCGCCGAAAUUUUCAAAUGGGAAGUGCGUGGAUCUAGAAGUUCCUCCAUGUAAAUAACUGCUCCUGAAUGCUUAUCACUGCUUCAUAAUUUCAUUGUUUAUCGAUACUGUAGGAUAUAUAACAGAUAGGGUGGUUUAUUAUGCCCACAAGACCAGUCCAGAAAAGAAUUCGCAGCACCUAACAUGUAGAAUUAAGCUGUCUCAAAACAUGCAGGCCAUUAAACAUCAGGGUAUGAAUUGAUAAUUUGUUUGGAGUUCUGCCUACACUUGGAUGAUGAAAUUCAUGAGAAA